AUGGACGACUACUCGAAAGCACUUGAAUUUUACGAAAAAACACAUCAAAUCUACGAAAAAGCUCUGCCUCCAAAUCAUCCUGAUUUGGCUAUUCCCUACAACAACAUCGCUGCAGUGCACUACAAAAUGAAUAACUACUCGAAAGCGCUUGAAUUUUACGAAAAAUCACAUCAAAUCUUCGAAAAAGCUCUGCCUACGAAUCAUCCCGAUUUGGCUACUUCCUACAACAACAUUGCUUCAGUGUAUAACGAUAUGGGUGACUACUCGAAAGCACUUGAGUUUUACGAAAAAGAUCUUGAAAUAACGAAAAAAGUUCUUCCUCCAAAUCAUCCCGAUUUGGCUAUUUCCUACAACAACAUUGGAUUACUAUAUGACGACAUGGGUGACUACUCGAAGGCGCUUAAAUUUCAUGAAACGGCACUUGCUAUUCGAAAAGAAUCACUUCCACCAGAACAUCCUGCAAUUAAACGAUCAAUAGACAAUAUUGCCUCAGUGAAACAGAAAAUGUGA